UGUCGUCCUUGUAAAAGUCGCAAUACUUGCAAGGGCAUUUUUCUGCAGUUUGUCAUCUUUGUGGACACCUGGGACCCGGUGGAUCUCAAUCCAUCUCUGUCUCUGCCUGCUGUUAUCAAUCUCCAUACUGUAUCUGUCACUCCACCACUGCAGCGGAUCGGUAAUCUACACUGAGCAUGCUCGCUGCAGAUGCAGCCUGUAGAUGGAGCAAAGUGGAGAGGAGGAGAAAAGGGAGGAGAGAGAGAACGGCCGAGUCACACAGGAGCUGCACACAGCGCUGGGAUGCUGCUGCAGCUCUGAGAACAAGGGCUGCAUGGGAAGGUUUGUCAUUGGCAGCACAGAUGGAGUGUGAAAGAGGAAACCAAAGGACUGGAAUGUCAGAUUGUCAUCGCCAAAGAGGAGAAGAUAUGCGAUAAGGGACUCUCUGACUGGUGGAGAUGUACGCCUUCUACUCCCUUUUAGUCUACAUCUUCUACACUGUCUUUAAGAAGGAGGAGGAGGAUGCCUUGGAGGGGGCGUGUGGAGCUUCCUCAGACGAGACAGGGCCUGUUUCCAUGGAAACAGGGAGCAGGAGAAGAGAUGGCCACACCUCCAGAGUGGGAAGAAAGGCUUGUGCUCAGUUUAGUGAGUCAAGCAGUAGCAGUGACAGUGAUGAAAUGUCUCUGAGUGAUGAAGAUGAGAAAGAUGGUCCGGACAUCCCAGCAUGCACUCCUCUGGCUGCAUUUUUGUCCUUUAAACAAGAGGCUGAGAAAAGGAGGGCCUCACAAGUUCAGCUGGAGACAACAGGAAAGUUGUCCGAUUCUCCCCUGGUAGCGGUGAUGUCCCACUUGCUGACUUUUCUGGAACAGUACUCCCACUUCCAGCAGCUGCAGCAGCAGGCCGACCAGUACCGGGUCCAGCUGAAGAGGCACCGCGUCCAGCACCGUCACCAGAUGAAGGCCCUGAGAGCAUCCUACCGCCAGCGCCUCAGGGACAAGAACAGCAUCAUCAGCAGCCUGGAGGAGGCCAUCAGCCAGCAACAGACCCCCAGUCCACUGAGCGAGGGUGAGUCGCCCAGCAGUGAGGCAGGGACACAAGCUGGGCUUCACAGGCUGGUGGAGUCGCUGUACGGCCUGCAGGGUGAGAGGAGUAAACUGAGAGGAGAACUCCGACUGCUGCACUCACAGCUGGAGCAGAAGGAAAAAGACAGACACUCUCGCAUACAGGCCUUUCAACAGCAGAUCGAUGAGCUCAAGAGUUGCAUAGAGGAGCGUGAGGAGGAGCUGUCCAGACUGAGAACAGCCACCGGAGCCACAGACUCAGAAAAGCGAGUCCUGUGUCUGUCAGCAGAGAAUGAGAGUCUGAAACAGAACCUGAGCGUUACACAAGGCCUCCUGCAGCAGCUGUCAACCAUCCCCUCCCAGUCCAGCACCAUGCUCAUCAAGGAGAAUGAAAACCUCCGCAGCAGAGUGCAGCAGCUGGAGAUGUCCCUACAACAGCGUGCCGAGCAGCUGUCACAAAUGGAGCGACAGAGCGAACAGAGCGAGUGGAGGAGAGGAGAAGAGCUAAGGAAACGAGAGGACAGAGUGAGGGAGCUGCAGCUGGAGUUGGACAGAGAGAGAGGGAAAGAGCCACUGGUGAAGUAUGUCACCCAGACUGUGGAGGUGGAAUCACCUGCCACAUUAAAGCACCUGACUAAAGCCAGACAGAGGAAUGAGCUGCUGUCCGAAAAGCUGUCCAGUCAGAAUGAGCGGUGCAAACAGCUGGAAGAACACAUCAGGAAGUCUGAUGAAUACAGCUGUAAUCUGCAGCACAAGAUUGCAGCGUAUGAGAGAGAAAUAAGCAAACUGAGAGAGGAACUGCUGAAAGAAAUCGGACAUUUAGAGGAGAGGAAGGAGGAAGCUGUGAAGGCUGCUGCCAACUGCUCAGCCGAGCACUUUCAGAACCUGCAGGACCAAUUCUUCAGCUUGCAGAAGCGUCUGACAGCACUCCCUCCAACUUUACGCUCCAUGAAGACAGACUACACCAGUCUGAGGAGCCAGGUCCGAAACUUCUCAGACUUUUAUGGAGCAGCUAUCAGCGAUGCAAAAAAACAGAUUUCAGCAGCUAUCAGUGAGAUGUCUGAAGCCAACAAAGAUCUUCUGGAGAAAUAUAGAAAGGAGGUUGCAUUGCGCAGGAAGUACCACGAGCAGCUGGUGGAGCUUAAAGGAAACAUCCGCGUGCUGUGCCGUGUGAAGCCUGUGCUGAAGGAGGACCAGCAUGAGGAGGACCAGUCUGUGGUGGUGACGACAGACCCCAACAACGAGUCCUCACUCAAUGUGCUGAACAAAGGAAAGGGGCGCAUCUUUGAACUGGACAAAGUCUUCCACCCUCAGGCCACACAGGAAGAGGUCUUUCAGGAGAUUGAACCUCUUGUGACAUCCUGCAUCGAUGGCUACCAAGUCUGCAUAUUUGCCUAUGGGCAGACUGGCUCCGGAAAAACGUACACAAUGGAGGGCAGUGUGGAGAAUCCAGGCAUCAACCAGCGAGCCCUGAAACAUCUCUUCAGCGAGAUCGAGGAGAGGAAGGACAUGUGGUCUUACACUGUCACUGUCAGCUCUGUGGAGAUCUACAAUGAGGUGCUCAGGGACCUGCUGAGUAAGGAUGGAGACAAACUGGACAUAAAGAUCAAUCCAGAUGGAACAGGACAGCUGCACGUGCCGGGUCUCAGGGUCAUCGAGGUUAAGAAUUUUCAGCACAUCAAGAAGAUUUUAGCCACAGCCCGAAGGAACAGGAUCACCUUCGGCACUCAGAUGAAUCAGCACAGUUCCCGCUCCCACGCUCUGCUCUGUAUCACCGUUCAGGGCACUGACCUUGCCACCGGGUCCAAAACAACCGGCAAGUUGAACCUGGUGGACCUGGCUGGCUCAGAGAGGGUAUGGAAGUCUGGUGCAGAGGGAGAGAGGCUGAAAGAGGCCCAGAAUAUCAACCGCUCCCUGCUGGCACUCGGAGAUGUAAUUCAGGCACUGAGAGCUCGGCAGACUCAUAUCCCUUUCAGGAAUUCCCGCCUUACGUACUUAUUACAAGACUCCCUGGGCAAAGGAAGCAAGACUGUCAUGGUGGUCCAGGUUUCUGCUCUGGAGAGUAAUGUCGGAGAGACAUUGUGCUCACUGAAGUUUGCCCAGAGGGUGUGCAAGGUGGAACUGGGUCCUGCAGCCAGGAAGAUUGAAUCUGGUGGAGGACAGUGUGACUGACAGCCUUGAAUCAGCCACUUCCUGUCCUCAGUGAUCACCAGGAAGCCAUGAAUGCACCAGUCAGAUUAUCACCUACCCUACAAACCAACCAUAGCACUACAGUAUCAACUAGAUCAACAGCAAUCCUGCUCAAGGGCUAAAUGUGUGGAGGUCCAUGUGGCACCCAAAUGCCAACCUGUGAUUGAGGUUAGGUAUUGAGGAUAUUGGCCUCCCCCUUGCCAUUUUCUGCUUCUGACAAGAGAUAACUAUUUAUCAUUAGAUAAUCUGCAUGCAGGAGUAUUUAUUCUCCCACUCUGAGUGCCAAAACAACCCAACCCCCCUGCAGUCUAAGAUUUGGUGCUUCCUUCAACUACAAUAUCUCAGUUUCCUUUUAUUAAAUACCAAAAUACAGGAUUUGUCUUACCACCCUCUUGGAGCUGAUCGUCACAAUUUUUCAGAGCAGCAACGCGUUUAAACAGGUUCAACAAGCUUCCAGAGCCACAAUAUGGACACUUCAGUUUUUGCAAUAUUAAUCAUCAUGCUAUAAAUGUCUGUAGUUUGUGAGCUUCAUCUCCAAUGUUGUAUAUUUUUUGAAGGUUGUAGUGUGUAGGAGAAUCUGUUUUGUAGGAAAAGUAUGGGCUAUUAAUCAUUUCAAUGACACUUAAGUCACAUAUUAGUGUUGUGAACGUCAUUAGAGCAGUGACUGAACCCUUUCUGUUUUCCUUUAGAAAGCCUCGAUAAUAUGCCUUUUGAAGAAAGAGAAAAGCUGUUGAAGGGAUCAGGUGGCCUUGUUUUAAGAGUGGUAACAUAGUGAGCUGUGCAAUAUCCUCUUUAUUAAAGAGGCAGUUUUUAGGCCUACGUGGACAGAAGAUGCACUUUAUUGUGAAAGGAAUGUUUAGGUGCUUGCAAAUCACUUGUGAAUGUCAUACCAAACAGCUUAUUGUUAUCUGUUCAUCAUUGUUUCUCUAUUUAUCACCCAUUGAAUCAAAACUAACUUUUGAUUCAAGUGUAGCAAGACAUUAAUGUUUCAGUAACUAUGAUAGAGGUCACUGAGGUCACUUCAUCAUGAU